GAAGGGAUCCUGCAGCCCUGUGCUUUCCAUCCACUUGCUGCCCUGCAACCAUCAGCAGCCACAUCCUCCCGCCUCGUCCACAAGGAAGGAGGAUUCAAUAUAGCACUUGUCAUGAUUUAUGAAUGAAGGCUCCUGCAGGAUCUGGAAGGGGAUACUACACGGCAGGAGGACGGGAGCAGUAGUCCACAGUGUGUGCAUUGGGAUAGAGGGCUGGGCUCGGCUCUCCCUGCUCACCACCGCAGCGGGCUCCAGACCAGGGACCACACCUGAGGAAAUCUGCAUGACUGUUGCAAAGUUGUUGCGGAUGUCAUGGCAGCCUCAGUAUCGAAGCUCUAAGUACCGUCAUGUCUUUGGCAAGCCCGCUAACAAGGAAAGCUGCUACGACAAUGUGCCUAUUACAAGAAGCGUACACGACAACCAUUUCUGUGCCGUAAACCCAAACUUCAUUGCUGUGGUGACAGAAUGUGCAGGUGGAGGAGCCUUCAUUGUCAUACCCAUACAGCAGUCAGGAAAGCUUGAGUCUCAUUAUCCUAAGGUUUCUGGGCACAGAGGAAAUGUGUUGGACAUCAAGUGGAACCCCUUUGACGACUACGUCAUUGCUUCCUGCUCUGAAGAUGCUUCUGUCAAAAUUUGGGAUAUUCCAAAACCUUUUGUAGCCAAGAAUAUAACCAAUGCACGGAAAGAACUCGUGGGUCAUUCCAGGAGAGUUGGUCUUAUAGAGUGGCAUCCCACAGCUAGUAAUAUCAUAGUAAGCACUGCCUAUGAUUACAAGAUCAUGAUAUGGAAUCUUGACACCGAGGAGCCAGUAAUUUACAGUCCUGUCCGGACAAUAGAGUGUCAUAAAGACGUCAUUCUCUCUAUGUCCUUCAAUCUAGAUGGAAGUCUUCUUGCUACAUCAUGCAAAGACAGAAAAGUCAGAAUCAUUGAUCCUCUUAAAGGACGCAUUAUACAGGAAUCUGAUGGUAAGACUCACAAAGCCAGCAAAGUUUUGUUUCUGGGAAACAUGAAGAAACUGAUUUCAACAGGGACGUCUCAGUGGAAUAACAGACAUGCUGCCCUCUGGGAUCAAGAUGACUUAUCUGUGCCUUUAUGUCAGGAGGAAUUAGAUGGUUCCUCAGGUCUGAUCUUCCCCUUUUUUGACAAUGAUACAAACAUGCUGUAUUUAGUGGGCAAGGGAGAGGGGAAUAUCCGAUACUAUGAAGUUAAUCUUCAGAAGCCUUACUUGCAAUACUUAAAUGAAUAUCGUUCUUGCUUACCUCAAAAAGGAAUAGGUGUUUUGCCAAAAAGAGGCGUUGAUGUAUCCUUAUGUGAAGUGUUUCGAUUCUACAAGCUGGUCACAGUUAAAAGACUUAUAGAGCCUGUUUCAAUGAUUGUGCCUAGGAAGUCGGAAUCGUACCAGGAGGACAUUUACCCAAUGACAGCUGGAACACAGCCAGCCCUUACUGCACAUGAAUGGCUGAGUGGAAUUAAUAGAGGUCCUCUUUUAAUAUCCCUAAAACCUGGAUCCUAUGAGGAGGAAGACAAGCUGCUUGCUAAAGAACCAAAGAAAAUGUUUGAAGUAAAGCUUCCUACAAAGACUUUAUGGGAAAUAGAAUACAAAACAGAAAUCAUAAGGGAAGACAGAGGGAAGAGGAGAAUCGCAGCAAAAUCUGAAGAUACUAGAAAUUCACUAAUCUCCAAUGGAUUCGACUUAUUUGAAUGUCCACCACCCAAGAAUGAGAAUGAGUUGUUGAAGAUGUUUUACAAGCAGCAGGAGGAAAUCCGCAGAUUACGUGAUCAGUUGAGCCAAAGGGAUAUUCAGAUUCUGCAACUCGAAUUAGAAAUCAAGAAUGUUCGAAACAGCACAGUGUAUUGAUGCUACACAACAUACAACCUAGAGAAUGUAACUCGGCAGAAUGCCUCCAAAAAAGCCAUUAAAAUCCAUUUAUCUUUAUGUGAAAAGAGAAAGAAAUCACUGACACACAUGUAGCAAUGCUACAGGGUGCACAUAAUAUUUAUGACUUUUUGCUUAUGUUUUUAAUAUUAUAUAAAAUACAAUCAUAGCUGGUCAACCCUAGAGGGACACAGAGUCUAUUCAUCAUGUUAGAGAAAUACAAAGCCUAACUAUGCAGUGGUGCAUAUUCAUGACAGCCUUAUCAAGUCAAUUGCUGAAUAUGGGUAGAGGUCCUUUAUCUGUGACAAGAGAACCAGUGUUGAAUAGACUUCCUAUGCUUUUAUUUCAUGUUGUCCUUGCAUAACUAAACCCAUCAUCAAAGACAUAAUCAUAGGGAAGAUAGAUUGUGAUCUCCAUUUGGGACAGUGAGUGAUGAUGAUGCUUGUAAAGCGCAGCAGAAUAUGUCCUCGCUAUAUAUGUGAGUAAAAUAAAUGUGUGGCAAAUAUGUCAAGAUGAAAGCCUCUUCUCUAACCUGCAGCUCUCAUGACAUGUCUACUUCAUAAAUACAUACAUUCCUCAUAAAAUAAUAAUGGGGCAUCUUUUCUUAAAACUCAGCAUUGUGGUAUUCCUUUUUUAUUCCUCCUAAAUGUAUGAAUACAUGUUAUUACUCUUGUCAAAUGGAUGUUUCCCUACACAGUCUGCACGGAUUGAAUAACCUGUAUAGGGAUACAUGCCAUUGACAAGGACAACUGUAGCAGACAGUUGUCCAUUUAUUCGUACAUUUCCAGGAGAAAUAAGCGAGGAACAGCAUGAUGCAGAGUUGUAAGCAAAAGUAAUCCAGAAUUGUUAGAGACAGACAUGUCAGGAGAGACAAACGGUCCUCCUUAAGGGUCCAGUCACACAAUCGUAUUUUUUGUCUGCAUCCAAUUUGUAUUUUUUGCAGAUCAGAUGUGGACACUCAUUUUAAAUGGGGCCACAAAAUAUGCGGACAACAAAUCAGUAUGUCCCUCAAAAAAGAUAGAACAUGUUCUAUUAUUGUCUGUUUUGCAAACAAGAAUAGGCAUAUCUAACAUAGGGCACAAAAUGGGAGACACACAUGGCCGGUAUCUGUGUUUUUCAGAACCGCAAUUUGCAGACCACAAAACUGAUACGGUCAUGUGAAUGGACCCUAAAAGUGAGAGUCUGGAAAUAGUCAAGAUUUUUAGUGUCCUGAAUCUGUUCACAUGAUGUCUUCUGUGUUUUGUUCCUGAUGAAUACCUCCAUCCUUGGCUAUUCCUUUGCUUUGUCCUUAUUUGUUUUUUUUUCAGCAUCGUCCAGGUACUAAAAUAUAACUCCUGAAAUAAUAAAUAUUCGCAUCCCGCUACCUUUCAAAUUGUGAACUAACCACUUAUUUUCUAGGCUAUGUAUAUCCCGCUUUUAGAUAAACAAUAUAUCGCUUACAGUUUUGAAAUCAGCCAUAGCAAGCUGUAUUUUGGUGACUCGUAGGACAACAGCUAACAGAACAGUUUUGCAUCAAUGUUAUCAUGGUGACAAAUAUCUGCUGCUGUACUUUGUGAAUAUCUUCCAGGGUAGGAAUAGUUUAUAGUCAUGUAUAUACAAUGCAUUCAGAAAUUCUUCACACCCUUUCACUUUUUUCACAUUUUGUUAUGUUGCUGCCUUGUGCUGGAAAAAAAAAGUUCCCUUUCUCAGGACUUCUUUGAAGCACCUUUGGCAGUGAUUACAGCCUCCAGUCUUCUUGUGUAUGACGCCACAAGGUUUGCACACCUGGUUUGGGGUUUUUCUUCCAUUCUUCUCUGCAGAUCCUCUCAAGCUCUGUCAGAUUGUAUGGGGACUAUUGGUGGACAGCUAUUUUCAGGUCUUUCUAGAGAUGUUCAAUUGGGUUCAAGUCAGUGCUCUGGCUUGGCCACUCAAGGACAUGCAUAGAGUUGUCCGUAAGCCAUUCCUGUGUUGUCUUGGCUAUGUGCUUAGGGUCCUUGUCUGGCUGGAAGAUAAACUUUCAGCCCAGUUUAAGGUCCAGAGCACUCUGGAUCAGGUUUUCAUUAACCAUAUCUUUGUACUUUGCUCCUUUCAGCUUUCCCUCAACUCUUACCAGUCUCCCUGUCCCAGCUGCUGAAAAGCCCCCUCAUAGCAUGAGGCUGCCACCACCAUGCUUCACUGUAGGGAUGGUAUUGGACAGUUCCUGGUUUCUUCCAGACAUGACUCUUAGGAUUGAGGCCAAAAAGUUCAAUCUUGGUUUCACAGGAGUGAAUAUAGAAGAGAGUGGAAGGAUUGGUCUUUAGUUUAUACUUUUUUCCUUUUGGGUUCACUUCUGACUACUUUCACACCAGCGUUUUCCCUUUCCGCUUUUGAGAUCCAUCAUAGGUCAAUGGAGACAGAGCCGUUUUCUCCGACACAAAAGAAAACUGAUCCGGCGCCCAUUGACUUACAAUAGUUUAGAGACGGAUCAGUCAUUGUUAUGUUAAAGAUAAUACAACCAGAUCCACUCAUAACGGAUGCAGACGGCUGUGUUAUCAUGACAGAAGCGUUUUUCCUGAUCCAUGACGGAACCAGCAAAAACGCUGGUGUGAAAGUAGCCUUAGGCUGAAUGUGUUUUUCCUAAUUUCAGUUAAAUACCAUGGGUUAUGGGGGAGAUCAGCAUCUCCUCCCACAGCACAGCCAUAUCCAUUUUCCAGAAUGCCACCUAUGAUGUUAGUUAUCAUAUAUAUUUUGAAUUCAUUUUGUGAUCAACUAGAAACCUCUUCCUGCUCCCAAAGAACUGAAUUUAAGAAUUAUAACUGUGUAAAUUCUACCAUGCCUUAAAUGCCCCUUGCGGGUUUGAAAAAUCAUUGAUAUUCUGCUUAUACAAUCUUAAAUCUUCCAAUUUUAUUACAUUUGUUUAUUACUACUUUACUACCUUCUCGGUUGCACCCAAGUAUUUUAACAGAAUUUGCUUCUAUCUGUAAACUGGUUUGUAAUUUAUUGAUUUUAUUAAUUGACUGAAAUUGUUGAAAUCAGAAGUGCCUAAAAAUAUGUCUAAAAAGAAGGCAGGGAGGUGUUUUACAAUGACAUCUGACUAAUCAGGAAUAUAGACCUCUUACAUGUGUAAUAGAGUGAGACAGACAACUUAUGUCUAAAGAUUAAAGCUGACAAGAAGUAGCCUUUCAGAUCAAGGCUAAUGAGUGAAUUGAAUGGUUGCCAUGGGCAUUAAUGCUGUCCUGUCUGCACUAGUACUUGUUCACAAGUCUCACUGUUUCUUAAUUACCGUGUAAGUUGGUGACAUAUAUUUCAGAAAAUAUGAAAAACAUUUUAGAGUUUUCUUUUGCAUGAUAAGGAUGCAUGAUAUGCACAGUUGUGCAUAAAGGUUUGGAUGUAAGCCAGUUUUUAUUUUACCUGAUAACAGAAUUAUAUUAAUUGCUGUCUUCUGUAGAAUUCAGACUAGAACAGUGGGUUGGAGGGUCACAUGUUGUGAAAGCUAUGCAGUACACUCAGUCUGUAAAUUUCCUAAACUUUUAAAUGGUAGCCUGCACUGCACUUCAGAAUGGCUGCCUCCGAGUUGCUAGUUCUAACUUCUGAUGCCUUGUACAGAUGCUCUCUUUUUUCAUUGUUCAAAAUGAAUCCUUGCUUGAUAAAAUGAAAAAAAAAGUAUAUUCACGUAAAAAGUUUAUAAUAAAGCAUGAUCUACGGUCUUUCUAUAAAGAAGAUUAUUUUCCUGUAGAAUAUUAUAUUUAAAUUAUUCUUAAUCCAUAUGAAAUGUGUAUUUUGUAAGAUUCACCACUACUGAAUUACCCAAUACAUUAUUAUGUAGAAUUUUUUAUUUUAUUUUUUUGUUUAAAUGAUGUUAUGUGCUGGCAUGUAUUAAUUACUUGAAAAUGAAAUUUUUCAUUGUUUACCAUGUAAGCUUUCAAGGAACAAACAAUUAGCAUUUGACUGUUUUAGAAUACUUCUAUAUAAAUGCAAUUACACAAAUGUAUGUUUUGAAUAUUUGUGAAUAUGCAGACCUUCUUUUCUUCAGUUUUUAGGCCUUUCAAAAUCACAUUUUUAGUUUCAAGUUUGUUAAACUGUCUUAUUUGUACACAAAGUAUAAUAAAAUAGAUUUUUGUGAAUAAUGUACUGUAUGAUCUUUAAUUUCAAUGGCAUUCUUUGGCAGUUUUUCCUAUUU